AUGCGUCUUUUCAUUCCGUCGACGGCGAUAGUGGCAGCUGGAUUCGUCGGACAGAGCGCAGCCAUACGAACAGUUCCAUCGUCGCCAUGUGCGUCGCUAUGUGGAGAUGUUACGUCGACGACAAACUCUGAGAUCCUCUGCACCCAAGCAGAUUUGAACACGGCCAAAGGCCAGGUAUUCUCGAAAUGCAUAUCGUGCCAAAUGGCAAGCACUGCGAUGGACCCCAAAACGGGAGAUACAGACCUGAAAUGGGUACUCUAUAACCUUCGCUAUGCAAUGAGUAGUUGUAUGUGGGGGUUUCCGGGCAACUCGAGUGUGCAGAAUACACCGUGUCUCACAAGUCGGGCAUGCGAACCCUUCCAGGGCAAUCUCCAAUACCAAGGCCUAUCUCCCAAUAUUACCACAUACGAUUACUGCCCGAACACGCUUCCGUCGGAGGUAAUAAUAAAUAGAUGCAAGGAUUGUAUCCGACAAGGCGACCAAACAUACCUAUCAAACUACUUCAUCACUAUCCUCGCAGGCUGUGCUAUCCAAAGCGGCGCUCCACUCCCCCUGCACAAGGACCUCUUUAGCGGAGACUACGUCAACCCCCUGGACUUUAGGAGCCACGCCGACUCUGAACCCACAUCUAACUCCCCAACCGAGCUCCCACUUCAACAUAAACGCUUUAUGCCAAGUCGUUGCCAACUCGGUCCAGCACUAUCGAUGAUAUUACCCUCUUUACAAAGAUUGCAGAGGGAGGAUCGUAUCGAGUUUUUGAGGCAAGCUUCAGGGAUGGAUCGAAGGCUGUCGCGCGACUUCCUUAUCCUUGUACCAUUCCUCGUGGGUAUGGUGUCGCCAGCGAGGUUGCAACAAUGGAAUUCCUCCGGCCUCGAGGGGUUCUGA